AUGAUUUCUUCAUUCGAAUUAGCUCGGGCCCGGGAGCGGAUUUUGACGGUUCAGCCCAAGAUACUGGGUAGGGAUCUCGAUCUAUCUGAUUGUCCAUUGGGCACGAGGUGGUCCCGCGAGAAAAAAGUUCAAGAGUCGAUAUCCGGAGUAUCUCUUGUGACCUUGCGCCUCAUGGCCACAUUGAUGGAGGACGUUCGUAGUCUGAGUAUUAUAGGCCAGCGUACUUUCGAUGCGGACUCCUUUGGUUAUGAUCGCUUAGGCGAGAUUGCCCAGGUUGCUGAGCGGGCGUUGUCCGUCAAUGCAACAAAUGUUGUACGUCACGAUCUCGAUAGGCAUGUUGAGGUUCAUGACAUUUUGAGUCAAGAACUUGCACCUGUAGACCCGACCCAGCAACAUCCACCACCCAGACCUCCGAGGCGUUCGCGCCGGUCUCAGCGUGGGCGUGGGGGGCAAGAGACAAUCACAACAUCUCAGCCACAUCAGUCCUCCCAGCAUGAGCAGUCUCAUAUUCCCUUCACUGGCGGUUCAUCCCAUCAGUCUCCACAUCAGUCUCCACUCCAUUCUCGACAGCAUUCAGCCCAUCAGUCUCCACAUCAUUCAUCCCAUCAGUCUCCACAUCAUUCUUCGCCGACCCAUCAGGCGUUUUACCGUCCGAUUAUGUCUCCCCAGCACCAGCAGUCCAAUUUUUCCUUCACUCAGUUUUCCUCCCCUCAGACUUCUCAGCGUCAGUUUGGAGAUUCUUUUAUUGACUUUUCUGGGUUUCAGCAGAGUUCGCUAGAUGGCCAGUCGAUACAUUACACGAGUAACUUUCUUUCGAGUAUGUUCGAGGGUGUUGCGGGUCAGCAUCAGGCUGAUAACCCAGCUGAGGGUGAGCGUGAGAGUCAGGGUGAGGAUGAGGCUGAGGAUGAGGCUGAGGAUGAGGAUGAGGAUGAGGCUGAGGAUGCAGACCAGGAUGAUCAGUUUGAGGGUCAGGGUUAUCAGCGCCAUGAGGAGCAGGGAUCGAGUCAGACUCUAGGGACUCCACCGUUGGCUGUGAGUAAAGGCCAGAGAGUGACGAAGGAGCCCGAUAGAUUGACUUAUAGCCUUUUUCGGGCUAAAAAGCCCAAGAAGAAGUAG